AUGGUCAUCCGGCUGCACGCCAGCGCAGUGGGCCAGUCCGUCUCUCAACUCACCGCCGACUUUCGCCGCCUCAUGUCCCCAGAUACCGCCUCACGCCUCCGCGAGCGCCGAGCGAAUAAGCUCAAGGACUACAUCGCCAUGUCCGGCCCUCUGGGCGUCACUCACCUCUUUCUGUUUUCCAGAUCGAAGAACGGGAAUGUGCAUCUACGGAUCUGUCUCGCGCCGAGGGGACCAACGCUGACGUUUCGCGUGGAGGGAUAUAGUCUGUGCAAGGAUGUUGAGAAGAAUAUGAAGCGGCCGAGGGGCGGGGACUUGGGGAUCUGGGCGAAUGCGCCUUUGGUGGUUAUGAAUAAUUUCGCGCAGGCUUCAAAAGCGGGCAAAGACGAGAAGGACACUACAGCAAAAGACCAAGACCCCAUACACAAGCAACUCGAGACGCUCCUCACAACAGUCUUUCAAGGCAUCUUCCCGGCCAUCACGCCCAGCAGUACUCGCUUGGACAGCAUAAAGCGGAUAUUGCUGUUGAAUCGUGAGACACCGAAGACCACCAAGACCACUCCUUCGAAGAGCAACAACAAUACCACAGAAUCCGACCAAGGCUCCAACCCCUUCACGCUCUCCCUCCGGCACUACGCCAUCACGACCCGCCAAUCCAACAUCUCGAAACGAGUCCGCCGCUUCGACGCCGCUGAGCAGCGGAGACGCUCCCAGAAACAGUCCAACAAGUCUUCUUCCGGCGCGGCGCUGCCCAAUCUAGGCCGUUUGGAAGAUGCAGCAGACUAUCUUCUCGACCCCUCCGCCGCAGGCUACACUUCAGCGAGCGACACAGAGCUCGAGUCGGAGAACGAAGUUGAGGUACUGGAGACGGAAACCCACCAGAGGGUGCUGUCGAGGAAACAGCGGCAGAAAUUGCAAGAUGAGCGGGCUGCGGCUGUGGAUCGGAACGCUUCUGUUGCCGACGCUGAUGUCAACGACGAAGAGGACGCCUCUCAGCCAGACCGGAAACCGGACCCCUCAACAUCGGCCUCACAACAACGACUCCAGAAACGAGCUAUAGCCCUCCACGAACUCGGCCCACGCAUGGAACUAUCUCUAGUCAAAGUCGAAGAAGGCCUCUGUGACGGCCGAGUAAUGUGGAAUAGUUUUGUAAGCAAAUCAUCAGAAGAGACCGCGGAGUUGGACGAUCGCUGGAAAACAAGGCGGGCGGAGAAGGAGGAGAGGAGACGGGUGCAGAGGGAGAAUGUAGCGCGGAAGCGCGGCGACAAGCAAGACGCUGGCAAAAACGGGGCUGGAGAGGACGAGGAAGCUGAAGUGGGCAGUGACUUUGACAUCGAGGAUUUUGAGGAGAUGGACAUGAACGGACAGGCAGACGAGGAUGGGGAAGGUGAAGACGGGUGGGAGGACCAGGAUGGGCACGAAGAAGCGGAAGAUGACGAGAUGGAGGACUAG